AGGAGCAGCACAGUGUGGCUACAAUACAGAACUGCAUCAAAUAGUUGCAAUACCAUUCACAGAGAGAGGCUCUUUCUCAGAAGUCUUACUUUGGGGAUGCUGUUAAGAUGGCUUUUAUGAAGCAUAUACGGCUGUGUUUUGGAUGGCUGGCUGUUGCGAUCAUGGUUCAUAAUGAAGUCGAGGCCUGGACGUAUCAUUACCGGACAGACAGCAAUAUGGACUGGGAGACAGCUCGCCGGUGGUGCCAGCAGAAUUACACAGACAUGGUGGCCAUCCAGAACCAGGAGGAGAUCGCCUACCUGAACAACACGCUGCCCUCCCAUCAGCAAUACUACUGGAUCGGCCUCAGGAAGGUGGAGGGACAGUGGACCUGGGUGGGGACCAACAAGCCCCUGACUGAGGAGGCAGCACACUGGGCACAAGGAGAGCCCAAUAAUAAGCAAAGUAAUGAGGACUGCGUGGAGAUCUACAUCAAGAGGGUUAAGGACGCAGCCAUGUGGAACGACGUGAGUUGCAGCAGACCGAAAGCUCCUCUCUGUUAUAAAGUGUCCUGUUUAAAUACGUCCUGCAGUGAACAUGCCGAGUGUGUGGAAGCCAUCAACAACUACACAUGCAAGUGUGAGCCGGGCUUCUCUGGUCCCCGCUGUGAGAAAGCUGUACAAUGUUCUCCAAUCUCUGGGAACUCCAGUGGGUUGAGUAUGAAGUGCAGCCACCCCAUCUCCACAAACAGCUACAACUCCACCUGCACAUUCAGCUGUGAGGAGGGCUUUGAGCUGAGAGGCCCAUACACAACCAAGUGUGAUCACACUGGACAGUGGACACACAAGACCCCCACCUGCACAGCCUCAUCUUCUAGCCAUUCUAGGUCAUCAAGCAUUUCAGGAUCAUCUACAGGUGCUCCAAAAGGAAAAGGAAAGAAGGCUAUUGAAACAGAAGAGGAAGAGUCAAGGGAUGACAUAGCAGCAAAAACUGUUGGCGGAGCAAUAAUACGAUACAAGCGUGCCGUACAUGCCUUUAACCAAGGUGGCUCGAUGAAGAAGGCUUUCCAAAAAGUGGGGGUGGAUCGCAAUACCAUCUCCAGGACAUCACCAAUUCCUGAGCUUGCGAUAGCAGCACCUGGUGUCUUUCAGGCCCUUUAGUGCCUGUUUGAUGUAAAACAUUUUUAAUGUAAAUCAUCAAUAAAUGAUGAUCUGUUCACCGUA